ACGUUGAUCGCCAACUGCAGAAGAUGAAGCUCUGGACGCUAACGGACUAGCUGAGAGCCAGCGUCCUAAACCAGUACCAGGCUGGGAAAACUUUAUUCUCCUCCUUAUUGGUGCGAGCUUUUCCCACAGAAACAGGAAAGAUACUCAGUGGGCUUCUUCUCAGUGGGGUUCCAAGAUAAGCUGUUAUACAGAUGGUGCUGGUUGAAGAAGCUCCUCAAGAACAGAGUGUUGGUGUGGACCAGCAGGACCAAAAACACCUCAUCAUUAAGGAGGAAAAAGCGGAACUCUGGACCAUUCUGGAAGGAGAGAAGCUCAAUACAAAUGAAGAGACUGAAAACGGUGUUGGUGUGGACCAAAAGGCCCCAGAACACAGCCACAUGAAGGAAGAAAAAGAGGAACUCUGGACCAGUCUGGAGGAAGAGAAGCUCAAUUUGAAAGAGGAGACUGAUGCUGCCAGAUUUCCAUUAACUGCAGUUUAUGUAAAGCAUGAGGAUGAUGAUGAGAAACCUGUUAUCUCACAGUUUCAACAAAUACAAGACAGAGUUGUUCCAACCAGCAGCUCAACUUAUCAGAUGACAGCAGAAACUAGUGGAGGAGCGGUAAAUAUCAGGAAUCCAGGUCUGAACCCUCAUGAACAGAUGUUGGAUUCUUCAGAGACUGAAGUUAGCGGAGAUGAAGAGAAUGAUGAUGUGAAUCUAGACUCUGAGCUGUCAGGCUCUAGGCCAGAAACUAGAGACGGAGAUGGUGACUGGAAUGGGAGGUCUUCUGAGUUAAAUGUUAAACCUGUCUACAAAUCCUUUAGCUGCCAUGAGUGUGGUAAACAAUUUCUCCACAAAGGGUCUCUUCAGAGACAUGUGAGAGUGACAAGUCAUUCAGCAAUACGGUCUUCAAAUUGUUUGGUCAAUAAAAAAGGUGUCAGAGUGAAGCAAUUAGUAGACUCAUGCAGGAAAGUUCAGACAGAACCCAAAUCAUUUAAUUGUGACACCUGUGGGAAAAUAUUUAGUUUUAAAUCAGGUUUAAACAGACACAUGAGCGUCCACACAGGACAGAAACCUUUUGCCUGUGAGCUCUGUGGACAAAGAUUUAGCCAAAAGGCAAGUUUCAACAGACACAUGAGGGCCCACACUGGACAAAAUCUUUUCGUUUGUGAGCUCUGUGGACAAAAAUUUUGCCUAAAGACAAGUUUAACCAGACACAUGAGAGAUCACACUGGUCAGAAACUUUUUUCUUGUGAGUUCUGUGAACAAAGAUUUAGGCAAAGGACACGUUUAAAUGCACACAUGAGAGUCCACACAGGACAGAAACCUUUUGUGUGUGAAAUAUGUGGACAAAGAUUUAGCCAUAAAAAAAGUUUAAAAGGUCAUACAAGAGUCCACACAGGACAGAAACCUUUUGCCUGUGAGCUUUGUGGACAAAGAUUUAGCCAUAAGACAAGUUUAAACACACACAUGCGAGUCCACACAGGACAGAAACCUUUUGUCUGUGAGAUCUGUGGACAAAGAUUUAGCCAUAAGGCAAGUUUAAAAGGUCACAUUAGAAUCCACACAGGACAGAAACCUUUUGUUUGUGAACUCUGUGGACAAAAAUUUAGCCAUAGGACAAGUUUAAACUCACACAAGAGAGUUCACACAGGACAUAAACCUUUUGCCUGUGAGGUCUGUGAGCAAACAUUUAGCCAAAAGGCAAGUUUAAACAGACACAUGAUGGUCCACACAGGACAGAAGCCUUUUGCCUGUGAGCUCUGUGAACUAAGAUUUAGUCAAAAAACUGAUUUAAAUACACAUAUAAGAGUCCACACAGGACAGAAACCUUUUGCCUGUGAGUUCUGUGGACAAAAAUUUAGCCGAAAGAACCGUUUAAACUGUCACAUGAGAGUCCACGCAGGACAGAAAAGUUUUUUUCUUGUGAGCUCUGUUGCAGGGCUGAACGAUAAAUCGAUCUUAUCGAUGAAUUUGAAUUUGCCGUUUAUUCCUGAGUGAGCAUAGGAGUGAUUGUUUAAAUCAAUUGUUUACAGUGGUUUCAGUCAGUUGAUAACCUUUAUUACAUUUGAUGCAUAUUUCUGUUUUGCCCAAAGACAGAAUUUAUGACAAGAAAAUUCUGUCUGACAGGAAGUUUAUUAGUGUUAUGAAAUAAGUUCCUGGUGGAUCAAACAGUUUAACCACGUUUUAAAGAUGAACUUCUUUUGUUUUCUUUAUUCAACAACUUCAAAGGGUUCAGCUGUAGAGCCAAAGAGGUUUUGUCCCUUACCCCAAAAUUCCACUACCUCCGCUCCGCCCCCGCCUUCCGCAGCCGCUCGCUUCCAAACUCAAUUUUUAUUGGUACCCGCUCUACAACGGAUCCGCUCCGGUGCGGAGACCUGAGGUGCGCAAACAGGCAUGCGCGGGAUUUUCGAGAUCUUGCGAUACAGUCCGAGCAAUAAACGCGGAAGUUAGAUCCAAACACCCGUUGUGUGGGAGAAGAUUCGAAAUGAACUGUUUAAUCUGCCCAUCAUUUGUGUUGAGAGAUCAGCAGUGUUUGGAUCAACACAGGGUGACUACUUUGAUAGUGGAAACUUUAUUUAUUACUUAUUUUUGUGCAUUUAAAGUUCAACCGCCAUUGAUAGUUGUUAAAAGUUGUUAAACCUGAGCAUAUGAAACAAAAAAUGCUUUUUGUUUAUCGAUUUAUUGUGAAAAAACGGAAGCUGUGCUUGCUCCCUUUCCUGUUGGGUGGUUGUGAUUUCUGUCUAUUGACUGCGGAGGUGCUCCGGCGUCCGGCAAAAAUAGAAUAGAUCCUAUUUUUGCCGGAUGGCGGAACGGCGGGCGGCGCACUGUGCCGCACGGCCGCAGUAGUGGUACAGCUCUGAUUGACUACAACAGGACCGAUUUUGCUGCGGAGUUCGUGCCGCAGCGGAGCGGAGGUAGUGGAAUUUUGGGGUAAAUGACUCAAGAAACUGAUGUUCUUUUUCAUUGUGUUUCAUUAAUCUUAUUUCAGAAUAUUUUGAAUUUCAAAAUUUGUCGAGACAGAUUUUGUUUAAAAAAUGUUAAUAUAUGAACAUUGUUAAAAUGUUGUCCAGAUGAAUAGGUAAAAUGCCCAAAUGGACAAAAACGUCUUUAAUGAUGCAUCAGGGUUAUGGUCGCAAACUUGAGUAAGAUCCAAUUGUGGAAAUUCUGACACUGAAUGGUAAGACAGUUUGUUUGCCAAAGGUGUUCUCACAAAGUUAGUGUUAGAGCAGGACUAAGGAAAUGAUCAGGAACAUUAACUAGUUCCAGUUGGACGAGGAAGAUAAUAGUUUGUGACAAAUUAAGUGAAGUCUGAGCGGUGAACAGGUAAUCGGAACUUCCUCAUACGGGACAUUCCGCUGUCACGUUUAGAAGGGUACGGCUGCAGACCCAGAGACCACUGACUCACUGCUGCGGGGGUCAGUGCUCUGUGGUCUCCGGGUCUGCAACCUUAAGCUGGGCGUACACUGUGCGACUUUUUCACUCGUAGCACUCAGCUUCAGCUCAAACUGUACGACUUCCUCGCAGAGCAGAUCUCACGAGUCAUGUGCUCACACUGCACGACCCAGUUCUCGCAUGCGACCUGACUGCUCACACUGUACGUCUGGUAGCAACACGUCGGCCCUAAAAAUAUGCUAAAAAUAGCAGUUUUUACUCAACACGUCAGACUUUUUUGUCUUGUUUUGCCUGUUGUCCUUCGGGAGUGCUGCAGGAGGACACACACGGAUUUAUGGGGGUUGGAUGAGUAAAACGAAAUAAAGAAAGUAAAUCUGUGUUUAGUGAUCAGUUUAAUUUGACAUGAACACAACAAACACGCUUUCUUGACAAUCUUUGUGAGUAAAAAAAACGUGUAGAAACAAAAACGAACCGUGUGUUAUUAGGGAAAUAGCGAGCGGCGUUGAUGCAGGAUUGCGCAUGCGCCGUGAGCGGUUCUGAUACUUUUUGGGUCGCAGCUGCUCGCAGCGCCGCUUCAACAGUGCGAUACCCUCACGAGGGACGAGCGAAAUAUUAAACACGCCAGAAGUCCGUGCGACCUCACGACUGCUGAUCGUCAGCUGGUCACGUGGUGUUACUCGCCUCUCGCAACCCCCUGUACACUACACGACCGCUCGGCGCAAAACUCGCCCCGAUGUCGUGGAUUCUCGCACGACUGGAAAAUCGGCUCAAAAAAGUGAAAAAGUCGCACAGUGUACGCCCGGCUUUAUACUAUUGGUCACUUCUUCCUUGUUGCCCACUGGCUUGGAUGUAAACAUAUGCCCCUUUGGCUCCCAGUCAAAUGAUAAUGACUUCAUCCCCUUGCUGCAGAAUUAUAGUAACACGCUGCAUUUUCUUAUCAGUAAUAGAAAUGGCAUUGUAAUGAUGGUGAAAGUAAUUAGUUUUAUUACAUGUUAAUGUAAAGUAAUUCUGUUAUUAAUGCAGAUAUUACUAAUGCAUUGUUCUUCUCACUGAAGGAAACUGCUUUGCAGAACUUAUCUUUAUUCCUACUCUUUCAUCAGCUUUAGUUCAUUAUCAACUGAAAUGCCAUUUUUUGUUAAAGGUUUUAAGAAAUGUUAGGAAUAAGUAAAUGGAAAAAUAGGAAUAACAUAAAAGGUUAGAAGAAAAGAAGAUUGACUUCACUCUUUCCUGCAGUCAGAUUGGAGUCAAACAAAAAUAAGCCGUUGCUUCUUAGGGGUAAAUAAAAUAACUUCUGGGUCGCUCCUGUUUCCUGGCUUUAGUUCUUUAAACAACUGAACCUUUUUCCUGUCAGUGCCAAAAUUACCAAUGCUAGCCAGCCAGUGCUGCAGCGUUGGCUUGACACGUUAACCUCACCGAUUGUAAACAGUGACUUCAGAUUUUUUGAAAGGAGAAAAACUGACAACCCCCCUAGCUGGCUGAUUAUUCAAACCUUCCUUCCAACAUGACUGACAUGUUAGGUUGUUUAGUGAUGAUUUCACUGUAGUAUUAUUACAUAUCUCACCUUUAAGUAUCUCGGGGUCUUGUUCACGAAUGAAGGAAAGAUGGAGCGGGAGGUUGGUCGGUGGAUCGUUUCUGUGUCUGCGCCUGUGACCACUUUUCACGAAAGAGCAAAAAAUGCAUUACGUGUGUGUUUUUAGGAAACACUAGUUGGGCAUACAACUGUACUUCAAAGUUCUAAUGUUUUUGACUUUUCCAGGGUGCUUUGUACCACCUCCAAGACAAAAAAAUACCUGUAACACUACAGUUUAUAUGGAAAACUUGAUUUUUGUAUCACCUGUUUUAAUGUUUAUUAAAAGAACAAUGGCAGCAGAAA